AGAGAGGGAGGAGUGACCUGGUAAACCAGAGGGGUUAUUACUUGUUCAAUUCAUAGGCAAAGACUCCUUCUUUUCUCAUUAAGGUCGCUUUCUUUCUUCCUUCUAGCAUUGUCCCUGAUUGUGUUUUCGUGGUUUGACAUUUGUUUUCGCCAAGAAUUGUUCAAAGAUCACUGGUCGGAUUUCUUCUUCAAAGGUUGGAGUCUAAUUGAAAGGGUCUUUAUUUUUUUUGGAAGUUGCCUAACUUGCCUCCUUUUCCCCAGAUUAUUGAUUCCCAGAGUUCGAUUUUUCUUUCUUUCUUUCCCAAUUGAAUAUCUGUGGUUGUGCUAGAAUUUGUUGGUAGGCAACUGUUAGUUGUACGAGCGUUUGGACUAGUUUAUAAUUUCUGAUCAGCGGGUUUGUCUCUGAUCGUGCAAACCCCUGUUUAUUUAGCAAUUUUGUCCUUCACUUUGUGUUGUUGUUGCUUCAAAGGGCUGAAGCAUGUAUAGAUGGGGUUGCAUGAAUUUAUGAUGGUCGAGUUAAAACAUCGUUUUCAAAAUUAAGGAGAGUUUGUACUCGAGACAAGAAAAAGAAACUACCAGCGAAUCCAAGAAUGGGAAACAAUUGUGUGAAUGCAAGAGUUUCAAAGCUCGGGAUCUUUCAGAAUAUUUCGCAUUCUUUAUGGGGGCCUAAAUUACCUGAUAAGAUUGCACAUGAAAACAGUACAGUCGUUAGCAGCGAAAAGCCCUCCGUGGCUAAAGAGUCUAAGGAAUCAGAAGGUAGCCUAUCUGUACAGCAUACACCUCCUGAAUUGGUCGUUAUAGUUAAGGAUGGGAAUGCAAUUUCAAAGCCUGUGAAUCCUCAGGAAGUGAUCAUGCUGAUUAAGGAAGAGGAAAAACCAGCCAGGGCGAUGAAAUGGGAAGAUGUAGUCAAGGAGAAAAGGGAAGAUACAAACUUAAGGGCAGAUGAAAAGCCCAAGCCAACAGCAACUGUAAUAUCAAAAUCCACUGAAGAUGUAGUCAAGGAGAAAAGGGAAGUUACAAACUUAAGGGCAGAUGAAAAGCCCAAGCCAACAGCAACUGUAAUAUCAGAAUCCACGGAAGAUGCAAGACCUGCAGAAGUCUCAAGACCUGAGCAACCUGCACAAGUCACGAGACCCCAGCAGGCAGCCGAGACAGCAACAGUGUCCCCCAAACCGAGUGAGGCUGCAAAACCAAAUAAGGCACACAAUGUCAAGAGGAUGGCAAGUGCAGGCCUCAAGGUGGACCGUAUUUUAAGAACUAAAACUGCUCAUCUUAAGGAGCACUACAAUUUGGGGCAGAAACUUGGAAACGGCCAGUUUGGAACUACUUUUCUUUGUGUGGAGAGAGCUACCGGGAAACAGUAUGCUUGCAAAUCCAUUGCAAAAAGGAAAUUGCUGACUCUGGAUGAUGUUGAUGAUGUCAGGAGAGAGAUUGAGAUCAUGCAUCACUUAUCUGGGAACCCGAAUAUUAUUUCCAUCAAAGGUGCUUAUGAGGACAAUGUAGCUGUUCAUGUUGUCAUGGAAUUAUGCACAGGCGGUGAGCUUUUUGAUAGAAUUGUCAAGCGGGGCCAUUACAGUGAGAGAAAGGCUGCUGAUCUUACUAGGACCAUAGUUGGUGUGAUCCAGACUUGUCAUUCUUUAGGAGUCAUGCAUCGUGAUCUUAAGCCAGAGAAUUUCCUCUUUGUCAAUAAUGAAGAGGACUCACCAAUUAUGACAAUAGAUUUUGGAUUGUCUACGUUCUUCAAACCAGGGGUGACGUUCACUGAUGUUGUUGGAAGCCCAUAUUAUGUUGCCCCUGAAGUUCUUUGUAAGCGAUAUGGUCCAGAGGCGGAUAUAUGGAGUGCAGGAGUGAUAAUUUACAUUCUUCUUAGUGGUGUGCCUCCAUUUUGGGGCGAAAGUGAACAGGAAAUCUUUGAGGAGGUUUUGCAUGGUGAUCUUGACUUCUCAUCAGAUCCUUGGCCUAAAAUCUCUGAGAGUGCAAAAGAUUUAGUUCGGAAGAUGCUUGUCAGAGAUCCCAAAAAGAGGCUAACUGCCCAUCAAGUUCUUUGUCACCCUUGGGUGCGAGUUGAUGGGGUUGCUCCAGAUAAGCCUCUUGACUCUGCAGUCUUGAGCCGCUUGACACAGUUUUCAGCAAUGAAUAAGUUCAAGAAAAUGGCUCUCAGGGUUAUCGCUGAGAGUCUGUCUGAAGAAGAAAUUGCAGGUUUAAAAGAAAUGUUUAAGAUGAUAGACACGGACAACAGUGGGCAAAUUACUUUUGAAGAACUGAAGGCGGGACUAAAAAGAUUUGGAGCUGAUCUUAAUGAGUCAGAGAUAUAUGAUUUAAUGCGGGCUGCUGACAUUGACAACAAUGGUGCCAUUGACUAUGGGGAGUUCAUUGCUGCAACAUUGCAUCUCAACAAAAUUGAGAAAGAAGAUCAUUUGUGUGCUGCUUUUCAAUAUUUUGAUAAGGAUGGCAGCGGUUACAUUACGAUGGAUGAGCUUCAGAAGGCAUGCGAGGAGUUUGGCAUAAAUGAAGGGCACCUCGAAGAAAUGAUCAAAGAAGCCGAUCAGAAUAAUGAUGGCCAGAUAGAUUACAAUGAGUUCGUGGCCAUGAUGCACAAAGGGAUUACUGAUCUUGGUAAGCAGCAUCUGGGAAGUAGUUUAAACCUUGGAUUUAGGGAGACAAUGCAGGCCUGUUAACAAUGCGAUGGCCUGCAAUAAUCCAAUGCAUCUCUACCGAUUUUGUAAAUGAUUGAAUAAGUUGCGUAGGUUUGAGCAUUGGCUAAUUAGAAUAUUUGUUUAGCUCUUUUUAGUUUUAGAAACUGCAAAUUGUUCAAUGGAUAGUAAGUAGUAAAAGUUUUCCAGUCGAGGAGGCUCUUUAUUUCC